CAGCUUGGAGUUGACAGCGACCUUGCGUUCCAGCUUGCCGCUCUCGCGCUGCAAGCCUCGUAUGGCGACUUUGUCGACACUUUCCUCACGCACAGCCAACUGAAGAAGUCUUCCCUUCUACCCACCAGUGUUCUGCAUGAUCACCCAUCACUUCUGUAUUGUGAGGAACGAGUUGCUGCCGAGCAUCAACAACUGACUGGACUGUCACGAGGCGACGCCAUCUUGCGGUUUAUGCGAGAAGUCGAGUCAUUGCCCACCUACGGAAUUCAUUACUACGACGUCAAGGAUCGCAACGAUUUGCCUUGGUACAUCGGACUUAGCAAUAGAGGAAUUUCUCAGUACGAUUACCUCGACAAGAGAAAACCUAGACGAGUUUUUCUCUGGCGACAGCUCGAGAACAUUUAUUUCAGAGAACGCAAGUUCUCCAUUGAAGUUCUUGAUCCUAAGCGCGUAUGCGUGUCCCGGCGUAGCUUGGGUUCGGCGUCAGCGAGCGUCACGGUUCACGUCUGGUUCGCCGAGUCUCAGGCUCAGUGCAAGGCAAUCUGGUCCAUGGCGAUCGCCCAGCAUCAGUUCUACCUCGACACUAAAGCAUUAAGGAGCGAGGAGCAGAGCGCGGUGUGCGACAUGCCUGAGUUGGCCGUGGAUCUGUCGCGCAGUUGCCUGUCCCUCUCCACUCACUCCUCCUCCAGCAACUUGUCACGCUCAGGCUCACACUCUUCUCUACAGCAGCACUCUCAAGCCGAGAGCGGCAGCAGCGAGAGCCUGGAGGCGGCGCGGCUGGAGAUGUUGGAGGCGCUACGGCUGCGCAGGAGCGGCCUGCAGGAGAAGCUCAGCGCCAAGACAGAGGAGCUGAGGCUCUUGUGUCUCCGGGAGGGGGAGCUUACGGGGGAACUGCCCCCCGAGUACCCCCUGGUUCCUGGCCAACCACCCCCCUCUGUCAGGAAAAGGGUCGGAACUUCAUUCGCUCUAGAUGAGAGCAUCAUUGAUAAAAUCAUCAAUAAGCAGGAAGAGACAGUCUCUGCGCUGGAGUUGGAGUGCGAGAUCAUGGCCAAGAUUACGAGCGCUGCUCUGCGACUCGCAAACGAGAGCACUGCGCGCAAAGGCGUGCGCCGACAACGCAAGCUGUCGUACCAGCAGUCUGCCCACAGACUGCGCGAGCUCGAACAGAAGUUGAAGCAAGCCAGGAGUAAAGCUGUUGUCACGGCCUCCACGCUCCCCAAACAGAAGAAGAAACCGAGGCCUUUGUCUGACUGCGAGGGCAUUGAAGACUCUGGCAUCACAGGCAGUCUGAGCUCAAGUGCUGGCAGUGGUCGUGAAUCUCCCAGAGACUUGACAGGGUUCCAGUCCACUUUGCCCUCACCUUCCCUCAAUAACACCCUCACUCUCCAUGAUGCAAAUGGCAGCAGACUACGCGACAGAAAUAGCACCUUCACCUCUCACGAUACUUCAGACAGCAGUAGACAGAGUGACAGGAACAGUACCAUCACCCCUCGUGACACAUCUGACGGCAGCCGACAGAAUGGCAGGAACAACCACCACGACAAUACAGACAGUGGCAGACAGAGAGACAGAUCUCCGCAUCGCACUCGCGGUUCUGCUCCAGCCAGUCCCUACCGCAGCGCCGCCAGCACCUGCAGCAGCAACAGUGGUGGAGGUGGUGAUGCUGGUGGUGGUGGUGGUGGUGGUAGUCUUGGUGAUGGUAGUGGGUCGGUCCACAACUCUACCAUGACAAGUUCGUCGAGCUCGAGACCCACAAGCCCUUCUUGCCCAUCCAGCGGAUACAUUCCCAACUCAGUGUACGCGUGCAGUCAGUAUCGCAGUCAACGCUUCCCCACGCUCCCCACGCGGUCAAGAUCAACAGCUUCACCAGCCUCCUUUAGAGAUACUUUUUCGAGGUCAUGGAAUGAUAAUGGUCAAAUUUCGUCGUCUUCUGUUGCAUCUAUCGUCAGUUGUCUGACUUACAUAACGACCACCACCAUCGUGACUUCAGAACGACGCGAUACCACGGGCGACACGAACAACGACCAACUGCAGCAUGACGACAACACCGGACUCGAUUUGUUAGAGAGCGCCCACUCUCACCAGCAAGAAUUUACGGAAGGUCUUGCAAGGCCGUCUCUUUAUGAUUCCCGGUGCUCGGUCGUCGGGGGGAAUGCUUCCUUGCAGGACCUGAGCGACACGUUGACGGUGGCGCUGCUGGAUAAGAAUCACGAAAGUCGACCUCCGAACAUGAGGCAGUCGAGAUCGGUACCUCGAGAAUUAGACCCCAGCAGGUUGUCAUACGAAGCUCAUCUCACACGCGACCCUUUAAAUCUUUGUGUAGACACCGCGAUCCUCGAAGGCGAAAAGUUAUCUUUCCCGGGGGGACUCUACAAUAUUUCCUCGCGCCAACGAGAGACCCUCAGCACCCAGAGCAUGAAUAACUUAGAUUCUACUGGAUCUUCUUCGUGCAGUUCGCCUUCGAAACCUUCGUACUGCGACUCCGCUAGUAUAGACAGAACUCACACACAACACUCGAGUUCCCCUAACGCACAACACUCCCCCUCGUUCCACCACCCUCACCACCACAACCACCUGCCCCACCUCCACAGCAACAGACGGCACCGCAUGCAGAUGCCUGAUAGGCCCCUCAGUUCAGACCGCCGUCGAGGGAAUAGCGCCAGCAGGGCGGAGGUCUUCAGAACAACUCCUGACACUCCCGACCACGCGGCAGCUUGCCAAUUGCUUGAUGGGGCUCUCUUCAACUACCAUCCUCAUUACCAGUCUGGGACUCCUCGAGUACCUGAACAUUUCGACCCGCAUCAGUUGGUCCAACAAGGUCCUAAUGUCAACUUCCACUACAACCACCAAGCACGUAGGCAUACAUCGGGCAGUAAAUUACGCCAUAGUAAUAGUUCUGCCAUGCAUAACACAAGUGGCAGCUCCCUUAGCUCGUCACAACCACACAACACCACCAGCAGUUCUAUCAGUUCAAGUACGAGUGGCAACCACUGUACUCCUCCUAAUCGGCAGAGCUUGUACUCCCCGUAUGUCGGUGGGAACCCACAUAAUGGGUAUUCAAUGGGUCCUGUUCAGCACCACACUCCUCAAAAUAACGGGAUGUAUUUUCAGGAUCAUCAUGGAGCUUAUUAUUCACCCUCUUCUCACGGUAUCCAUAACGAUCAUCGUCAAACGAAUGCUGGUUAUGUUCGCGAAAUGCAAAGAAGAACUUCUCAAGAGCCAUCGUAUUACAACCCUCAUCAGACCAUAAACAGCAGCUAUCCAACGCCUCCACCGCACCAAAGUUACAGCACUAGCCAAACCCAACGGGAAGUUUUGGCUAAAGUUUCUCCCGAGAACGUGUCUUCGCCUAGUCGCUCUCGGCACGGCCAAAGUAAAGAAUUGACUGCCAGUGACAGUGGGUGCGGCGCUGACAGCUCAUGUGAUACGCGACAGUCAAACGCUGAUGUCUCGGAUGGCCACCCGAAUGCCACCCACCCUGCCCCGGUAUCUCAGAACUACUCGAAUUCUUCUUUCCCGCAUUCAGAUGAACAUUCUUAUCAAAGCUGCUCAAAGUCGGAUGAUCUGAAUCCAGAACCAAUCCAUACCUUAGUCAGAACAUCCAGUGGGAGAAGUUAUAUGGAAACUACGUUUUUGGGCGACUGUUCUUCGGCGUCUUCCACUACCUCUAACCAAGAAAAUAUUCCUCCCGUUAAACGAGUUGUUCCUUCUGAGCAGUUGUUACCUCUUAAGCCAACAGGUGUUCAUUUACGAGCCUCGGCCAGCGUUACUCCUGCCGACCUCGCCCCUCCGAGGCUGCUACCUGCAGCUGACCUUAUUCCCCUUAGGGCGACCAAAUCCAGUAGCGAGCUUCCCCCUCUUAAAGCCACAAAUCCCCGAGGUGAAUACCAUGGGAGUAAUAGUAAUGCUGAGCCGCUCAUGAGUUUAGCCGAAGCUGCCAAUCUGAAAAAAGACCGAGAAAGAGAAUGGUACGAAACUAGCUUGGAUUCACCAGGUUCCGGCCGGAAACCGCAAAAAUGUGCGGCAGCGGAAAUUGUUAUAUCGAAAUUUCCAGGCAUUGCCUCAGCCAGUGCGACUGCGGUGUCGUCGAAUAAUGACGUGUCAUCUUCUGCUCUAUCGCCUGAACUUCCAUCUAAUAGCCCUAAUGAGAGAGACCAAUCAGUGAUUAUCUCCACGGGUUCCUACCAGCCAUCCCGAGAAGUGAGCAAACCAUUCGAAAUGGCUGACUUCUACAAAUAUAGUACGAAAUAUCGUAAGCAAAUGCAUGGUUCAGGCAUGAACAGCAGUAACAGCAGCUUCAGUAACGGCUCGGACAGUAAUCAUAUGUCACCCGUGCUUCCACCAAGAGCUCAAGUUGUUGUUAGUAGCAGCAAGGCUGCGCCGCCCUCCCCUAACGUAAUAGCUAAGCAGUCUACUCCUGCUGCUCAACAAAAGGGUAUCUACCAGUCGCUGGCUCCUUAUACUUGUCAGGGAGUUGGUAGCCACCCUUCACCUGGUGCACCUAACACCCCUUCCUGGGAGGGAACACCUCUCCAUCAGGCUGUCCCUGCUACCGUUACUAAUAAGCGUUCAGCUACUUUGGUGUGAAGACCUUUUUACGACUAGAAAAUUCCGAGUGAACAUUGCAGCGUAUUUUUAUCCUCUUAUAAUGUUUAUCAAUUCAGUUCACAACCUUUUCGAUAAACAUUUGAAAACGUGCUGCAACAAUCUCCAUUAUUUCUGUCGUAAAUUUGUGUCCCGUUGUUCAUUGUUGAAGUAUAAUACUUUGAUUAUUUAAUUACAUCUAACGAGCUGUCGUAUUUCAAUACACUGAUAAACUGUCUCAAGUCGUGUGAAAAUUACUCCUACAACGCUGCUUGUUGUCAUCUUCAGCUGUUUUCUUGUCUUCCUUAUUGUCCUAAAGCCCCAUACCACUAUAACUUAAUUAUAAUUUACAAAAUAACUUAUUCUUCUAUCAUUAUUUAAAUUGUUUUCUUCAUUUCAUUUGCUUCAUGAAAUACCUAUAAUGUGUCCCUUGUACAUAAAAUAUCUUUCUCCGAUCUUGAAUGCCUUCCUCCUGACCUCUCCAUUCUUUGUAUGUUGGCUAUGAAAUAAAUACGUUAGUUGAUUCUUACAAAUCUCUGAAGAAUGAAGAUAAGAAAUCUGUUAAAUUGCUAUAUUUAACAGAUCUGUUAAUAUGCUAAAUUAUAUCAGUGUUGACUUAUCACUUACUGUAUUAAAUUUAUUUUUUUGCAUCAUUCAAGUAUUAAAUCAAUUGAACGU